AUGGAGGAGAUACGCAUCCCGCCUCUGGUCAGCGCCUGGUUAGAAGCACAGAACGCUCAGUUCAAUAACCCUUUACCUCUACCACCUCUAACCCAAGAUGUCAACACUCUUUGCAAUCAUGCGUACUUGGCGUCCUUAACUCCAGGGUGUCCUCAAGAAGUCGUAGAGGAAUUGACAAGAAUAGCGUUUCGUCUGGCAGAAGCUAGUGCCAAUAUACCAGCUUACCUUCAAGUCGGGGGCGCUAGGUUGGGAGAAGUAGGUGCGCAGAUAGCUCAACAACUUGUGGCGGCUCAGGAAAGUAUCUUAGUAAUUGAGACAGGGAUGAGGACGUCAUGGGCAAUCGACCGAAAUAGAACUUACUCGAAGAUCAAUGAGGAUAUGAUCCCAGUUCCCGUCUCGGAUCCAGCUAAUCCAGCAGGACCUCCUCUGGAUCGUCCACUUGGUGUACUGGACCACAUCAGAAGAUGGUCGGACGUUAGGGCAAUGGUGAGAGGAAGGGUUGAUCGAUGGUUACAACUCUACGAUCUCGAGGUUCCGGACAAUAUGAGUAUAGAAAGGAGACGAUUAUGUCUCUACUAUCAUCUAGGAGGGUCGGAAGUACAAGUGGCUCAAGGAUAG